AUGUCCGGACACGUCCCGAAGAGAGGUCUUGGGGACUUCCCCAGCCUGGGUGCCGAAGCUAUUAUGAGUGCUGUGCGUUUCACGGCCAAACAGGUCCUAGAACAUAUAUUUUCCAAUGACUCUGACUGCGACGAGGAAGCGGAGGAGGAGGCGUCCGAAGAAGAAGACGGGAAGGAACACAACCCAGAGGACGAGGAGACAGCCGCCGCCGCCGACGACAAGGACGACGCCCAAGUAGAAGAAGGCCAAGGCGUAGAAGACGAACGAGACGAUGAUGACGACGACAACGAUGACGACCAAGAAGAUGAAGAAGGAGAAGAAGAACAAGGGGAAGGUGAAGGUGAAGGAGAGCGAGGAGACCACCGCCACCGCCGCCGCCACCGCCGCCGCCGCCUCAGCCCCCGACCACAACACGAUAUCCCUCGAGUGGAAAGAGAGACAUUCGUGUCGAGAAACUGCCAAAUCCAAUGGUGCUUGGUGCCCUGUGACAACAAUCGGGGCGUCGGAGGGGCCGCCGCAGCGGCGAAAAGUAACAGGCCGGUUGCUGAGGUGCCGGAGGACAUGAGGCCCGGGCCUACUAGGCAGGCCGUAGGCCAAGCCCGCGACAUCCUCUCCACGUUCCGCCUGUUUUUCACACCGGAGAUAGAAGACAUCAUCCUGGAGAUGACCAAUCUGGAGAGUGUUCGAAAAUACGGAGCCCGAGGCGACGGCGACGGCUGUGGCGACGACGACCACCGCCACUACGCCGACGACCACGAAGACCACGACCGCGACCGCCGCGGCCGCUGGAAAGCGAUGGACUCCACCGACCUGCGAGACUACGUAGGGCUGCUCAUCCUAUCCGGCGUGUACAGAUCCCGAGGCGAGGCAACCGCUAGUCUCUGGGACGCCGAGAGCGGGAGGACCAUUUUCCGCGCAACCAUGCCGCUCAAAGUCUUUCACUCUUACUCGAGACUCCUUCGCUUCGACGACCGCCAGACCAGAGCCGAGAGACGCGCAGCAGGCGGCAGUGACAAACUUGCAGCCGUGAGAGAGGUCUGGGACAAGUGGGUCGAGAGGCUGCCGCUCCUCUACAACCCCGGGCCCGACGUGACGGUGGACGAGCAACUGGUCCCUUUCAGAGGUGGACCGGGCCAACAACACCGUACAAGAGCACAACAACACCGUACACAACACAACACGCUAAAGCUAAUCGCUUCUCUUUCCUUCCUCUCCUCUCCUCUCUCUUUUCCUCUCUCUUUUCCUUUCUGUCUCUCUCUCUCUCUCUCUCUCUCUCUCUCUCUCUCUCUCUCUCUCUCUCUCUCUCUCUCUCUCUCUCUCUCUCUCUCUCUCUCUCUCUAUCCUCCAGGCCGAUGUCCUUUCCGCCAGUAUAUUCCAAGCAAGCCGGCCAAAUACGGCAUCAAGACCUGGGUGACCUGCGACUCCAAAUCCAGCUACGCCUGGAAGAUGCAGGUCUACACUGGGAAGGCCACUUGCGGAGGCCCCGAGAAGAACCAGGGGAUGAGGGUCGUGCUCGAUUUGACGCAGGGACUCAGGGGUCACAACGUCACCUGCGACAAUUUCUUCACCUCAUACGAGCUCGCGCGCCAGCUCCUGAGGAGGAACGUCACCGUGGUCGGCACAGUCAGAAAGAACAAGCCAGAGCUCCCACCGGCGCUGCUCGCCUCAAAGGACAGGCUCCUCUUCUCCUCCAAGUUCGCCUUCACGCCCACCAUCGCUCUAGUGUCCUACCUGCCAAAGAAAAACAAGAACGUCUUACUCCUGAGCACGCUGCACACCGAGGCUCACGUUAGCCGUCGCCAGGACAAGAAGCCGGCCAUCGUCCUAGACUACAACAGCAACAAGGGAGGUGUGGACAACCUAGACAAGGUGAUUGGAACCUACAGCUGCAGGAAGAUGACCGCCCGCUGGCCCCUGGUCAUCUUCCACAACAUCCUUGACGUGUCCUCCUACAACGCUUUUGUCAUAUGGCGAGAGCUCAACCCUACUUGGAUGCCUGGUAAGCGAAACAAGAGGAGGGUGUUCCUCGAGCAGCUGGGAAAGGCACUAGUGACUCCGUUCAUAAAAAGAAGGGCCCGUCUCCCUCGCACCGAAGCCUCUGCGGCACUCGUCAAAGCUGUUCAGAGGGCUACGUAUCGCGAUCAGCCCCGGGAUCACGCCCCCGCCGCACCGGCCCACGCACCGGCCCAAGCACCCGACCCCGGACAACCCAGUAAGAGGAAGAGGUGUCAGGUCAGCCCCACAAAGAAUGACUGUAAAACACACACUGUGUGCACCAGGUGUAACAAAUACAUCUGCAAAGGCUGUUCGCACGCAUACUGUCCCACAUGUUCCAAUUGGGCCUUUUGUGAGAGGGGGACAGUUCGACCCGGAGGGCACGGCGUGUGUACAGAAUACCAGGACAACGGGAGGGUUAAUAUCAUAAAACAGUUCUACAGCAACUUUUCAUGCACUGUGGGAACGAACAACACAAGCUUUGCUGUGAAGUCUGGAGUUUGUCAACGUUGUGUGAUGUCAGCCUUACUCUUCAAGCUGGCAACAGAAGAUCAGGCAAGAGGAAUACGAUGGACCUUGUAUUCUACUCUAGAAGACUUCACUGAUGACCUGGCACUUUUAUCACACACACACACCAACAUCUGCAAGACAAAACAGACAGAGUUCAGUCCUUUGGUCAGCAAGUCAGCCUGGUUAUCAACUGCAGCAAGACAAAGGUCAUACCCAUCAACAUAACACAGCAAAAGCAAUCAAAAUCAAGGAACAAGACCUGAAGUUAACCCACAGUUUUACUUACCUUGGGAGCACCAUAAGCCAUGAUGCAGGCACCAGCAAAGACAUCUGCACCAGAAUCAAUAAAGCAAUAGCAAGUUCAAUAAAAUCUUAAAAUCUGGACAAUAUAGCACAAACUCAAAACUCAAAACUAUACCAGAGCUGUAUACUCACUUGUGUUUGUUGUGUGGAAGUUUGUGUGGAAGAGGUGGAAAAACAAUUGUUAUCCAUCAAUAAUGAUAAGCCACCAGGUAUAGACAACCUCGAUGGGAAACUAUUAAGAAUGGUAGCAGACUGUAUUUCCAACCAUAUUUGCCAUGUCUUUAACCAAAGCCUAAAGGAGUGUGUGUGUUCACAGUCGUGGAAGGAAGCUAAAGUAAUUCCACUACCAAAAAAAGUAAAGCACCGUUUGCUGGCUCUAACAGCCGACCAAUCAGUUUGCUGCCUGUUCUUAAUGAACAGAUGGUGAAAAUUGUGUUUGAACAAAUACAAUGUUAUUUUUCAAAGAACAAGUUAACUUCUGACUUUCAGCAUGCAUAUAAGGAAAGGCAUCUUGUACUGAACUGACUCUGAUGAUUGGCUAAAUAAAAUGGAUAAUAGGAUGAUAGUUGGAGAUUUCAGUGCAGCCUUUGAUGUUAUUGAUAAUAAUUUGUUAUUUACAAAACUCACUUCUUAUUGUUUUACAUCACCUGCCAUCACAUGGUUGGAGAGUUACUUAUUCAAUAGAACCCAGAGUAUUUUUCAAUGGAAGCUUCCUAACAUCAGACAUGUACAGUGCGGUAUCCCUCAGGGCAGUUGCCUUGGCCGUAACUCUUCUCUAUUUUUACAAAAUAUUUGCCACUUACAAGAAGCUCAAAUGACUAUGUAUGCUGAUGAUUGACCACUCUACACAUCAGCAGCUACAGCCAGUGAGCUCCCUGAGGCUCUUAGCAAUGGGUAAUUAAUUGCAUUUGGUUCAAAAUAUUAUCUUAGACCUAAACCUCAACUGGAGUUGUGCAUCAAGGGUGUGACCAUUGAGCAAGUUGAGAAAGCUACACUUCUAGGACUAACAUUGGAUGGUCAGUUACCAUGGUCAAGUCAUAUUGACAAGGUUGUUGUGAAGAUGGGGAGAGGUACUAUAUGUCUGUUAUACACAAAAAUCAACUGUACUAGUUGUCAGACUCUGAUCUUGUCCCAUCUUGAUUACUGUCCAGUAAUAUGGUCAAGUGCCCCAAGGAAAGACCUAGCAAAGCUGCAGCUGGCUCAAAACAAAGCAGCAUGCUUUGCCCUUAAAGGUGCAAUAUGCAGAAAUCGCUCUGCAAAUUCCUCGUCACAACUAGACAAACUUAUCUUUUUGAGAAGAUCAGGGAGAUUUGCAACAAAGAGGCCAUGGAUAUCACAUGCCCUGCACCAAAGUUUAGUGCAGGACAGAAACAGGCUCUUUGAAUAAAGGUUCCCUUGAAUGAAAAACAGCCUCUAUCUCAAGGCCAUCAGACUGUUAAAUAGCCAUCACUAGCACAUUAGAGACUGCUGCUGCCUAUUGAAAUCACUGGCCACUUUAGGAAAUGGAACACUAGUCACUUUAAUAAUGUUUACAUAUCUUGCACUACUCAUCUCAUAUACUGUAUUCUAUUCUAUAAUAUUCUACUGUAUCUUAGUCCAUGACGCUCUGUCAUUGCUUGUCCAUAUAUGUAUAUAUUCUUAAAUUCCAUUCCUUACUAGAUUUGUGUGUAUUGGGUUUAUGUUGUGAGAUUGUUAGAUAUUACUUGUUAGAUAUCACUGCACUGUUGGAGCUAGAAGCACAAGCAUUUCGCUACACCCACAAUAACAUCUGCUAAACACGUGUAUGUGACAAAUAAAAUGUGAUUUAUUUGAUUUGAUUUGAUUUAUUUGACAAUCACAAAGACAGGUGAAACAGAUCAGGGUGUGACACUAAACAAUACAUUAAUUGCACUAUAACGGUGACAAACGGUUCCCACAAACUGUUAGGGCCUACAUAAAGCUGUCCGAACAUCAGAGUCCCAACAGCAGUCCCAACACCUUACCACUGCUACACCUGGCUAUCAGCGGAGCCUUGUCUGGCAGCGAAACAGUUUAUUCAACCUAAUUUACUGCCUUUUUAAAAAACAUAGAUGAUAUGGCUGACUUGCUUAAACAAAUGGGGUUUCUACUGACAAUUGAGAUGUACAAACUAUGGCAUAAGGGGACGACAUGCUGAUAAGAGGCAUUCCGUUAUUUCGAUUAAAACAAUGUGUGAGCUAGGACGGAUGUAGUCAAUAUAACUAUUUGUUCAGCACUUUUGAAAUGUACAGCGACAGAAUUCAGAACAUGGGCCAUUCUUACAGUGUUCUCCCUGUACACCAAGUCAGAACCGUAGGAUAAAUAAAGGGGGCGAAUAAGCAGACAAUGAAAGCUCUUACAAUAUUAGAUGAUUACAUUUCUCUAAAACAGGUUAUAGGUUACAUGUGCACCACCAAGUCAGAACAGUAGGCGAAAUUAAGAGGGGAAAAUAGAUCUCAUUAUUAGGGUGAUGCAUAUGGGCUACUAACAGUUUACUACACAACAUACACUUAGUAUUACUUUCUUAGCUACAGUAUACAUAUCUCCCUAGCAAAUUACAUCAUUUAUGCAGCAGCAUACAAUAUAUUUUUGUACUCACCUUGUUGUGCUGUGCUCACUUGAACAGGAAGGUGGCACGGCGGUCCUUCGUGGGCAAAUUUUGUCAUCAAAUUUUGUCAUCAAAGUCUGCCAUUCUCUGGAUUUAUGGUGCUUUCAGGACAACUGGGAACUCUGAAAAAAACAAGGUCGAAUCAUGAUGAUGUCAGGGAACUUCAGGUCGUAGCUCUAGAAAGAGGCCAGAGUUCCCAACUUACAAUUCUGAGUUGGAUGACCUUUCAAAACGUAUUUUCCCAGUCUGAGCUAGUUUUUUCCUGAGUUUCCAGUUGUCUUGAACUCACUGAAGUCAGAUUUCCCAGUUCUGAGUUAACAGUUGUUUUGAGCGCAGCAGAAAUCAUGCUGGAUUGACAGCAUGGCCAAUGUUGAAGGUUAAUAAUUUUAAGCUUGGAAAAGAGACCCUUAAAGUGAGAAUUGGGACCACACACCCACUCCACUGAAUAGCAGGCUAGUGAUUGCUUUGCAAUGCUUGCAGUUAGCCACUGAUUCCUUCCAAACCGCUCAUUGUUGAAUUUGCGAUUUCCAACUUGUUGUGUAAUGUUUAUGUCCAAUGGCCGAUGAGCACCGAUUAGUUUUAUCUAUAAUUUCUCUUCAUUAUUUAUCUUCAUAUGACAAGGAUUAAAAAGGAUUUUCCAGUAGAUUGUCGACUUGAUUCAUGAUGAUGACUGCUAGCUAAGAUUUUGAAAGUAUGAUGUUGACAUGAUCAGUCCAAUCAAAGCUACUGUAGAUGUAACGUGAUUUGACAUCAUUUUAUCUGUGGCCAAUGACCUUGAGCCUUCUUGGAUGGGCACUUCUAAUGUAACUCUAUGGCAGCACCCAAGGGGCUUGAAUGUUCGAGCUCUACCCUUAGAAUUGGCAGUGACGUAGUGUCCCCAUGAGUGACAGAACACUGAGCCAAUCACGGCGCAACUAGAGAACAUUACCAACCCCUACAUAUUUUCCGCUGUCUGCCCCACCACCACAGAAAGCACUGAGCUUGGCUAAAACACCUGCAUUUUGGAGCUGCCUUACUCAAGAAAGCAAAAAAGAGACCAUGUUUGUGUGGAGGCUUUAUAUAUGUUUUUUUAUAUUGUUUGCAAACUGAUAUGUGACACGUAUUAUUGCCAAAAUAACAUGCAGAACAGGCAUGUGGGGCUCAAAACAGUUGUAGGGUUAUUGAGGUUGGUCGCGGAUGUGGGGGGGGGGGGGGGGGUUGGAAGAGAUUUUGGGGAUGGGUGAGGGUUUGUUAGAAGUGAGUAGGGCUCUUUUUAAAUUUUCUUAAUAGUAUAGGAUUAGGUAGAAGGGUUUAGUUUUACUUAAUGUUUUUUCUUUAUUCAUUUAGUCUGUAACCUGUGAUUAACUACACACUCCAGUACAGUAGGUGGCGGCAAUUCGAGAAGUGGAAUUGUUUAGAUUUUUUGUGUAUCCGUCUCCCAGAGGAAGCGGACACUUCGAGUCAUGCGGCUCGGGGCUCAACCUGUGGUGCGCUUUGCUCUCUGGAGCGGGGUGCCUCUAAAAGGGGUGAUCAGUGGGGCUACGUUGAGUGUAGAGGUGGAUCAAAUGAAAAUAAAUAUUUCUAGUGUUUGUGACACCCGCUGUUUAGUGAGACGUAGACCUGGUGGUAAUGGUGAGACUGAGAAUACUCUGUCUGUCUUGUUGAGCUUUGACACAGAGUUUUUACCUGAUCAGGUUAGGUUAUAUUUGCUAUUCUGUGAGGGCCUAUGUUGCGAAACCGCUUCGGUGCUUUAGUAGGUGCCAAGGAAUCAGACACAUUGCAGCAUUGUGUAGAAGGGAGAUCCGACAAUGCGAGAAAUGUGCAGGAGGGCAUAGUCAUAUAGUGAGGGAAAAAAGUAUUUGAUCCCCUGCUGAUUUUGUACGUUUGCCCACUGACAAAGACAUGAUCAGUCUAUAAUUAUAAUGGUAGGUUUAUUUGAACAGUGAGAGACAGAAUAACAACAAAAAAAUCCAGAAAAACGCAUGUCAAAAAUGUUAUAAAUUGAUUUGCAUUUUAAUGAGGGAAAUAAGUAUUUGACCCCUCUGCAAAACAUGACUUAGUACUUGGUGGCAAAACCCUUGUUGGCAAUCACAGAGGUCAGACGUUUCUUGUAGUUGGCCACCAGGUUUGCACACAUCUCAGGAGGGAUUUUUUCCCACUCCUCUUUGCAGAUCUUCUCCAAGUCAUUAAGAUUUCGAGGCUGACGUUUGGCAACUCGAACCUUCAGCUCCCUCCACAGAUUUUCUAUGGGAUUAAGGUCUGGAGACUGGCUAGGCCACUCCAGGACCUUAAUGUGCUUCUUCUUGACCCACUCCUUUGUUGCCUUGGCCGUGUGUUUUGGGUCAUUGUCAUGCUGGAAUACCCAUCCACGACCUAUUUUCAAUGCCCUGGCUGAGGGAAGGAGGUUCUCACCCAAGAUUUGACGGUACAUUGCCCCGUCCAUCGUCCCUUUGAUGCGGUGAAGUUGUCCUGUCCCCUUAGCAGAAAAACACCCCCAAAGCAUAAUGUUUCCACCUCCAUGUUUGACGGUGGGGAUGGUGUUCUUGGGGUCAUAGGUAGCAUUCCUCCUCCUCCAAACACGGCGAGUUGAGUUGAUGCCAAAGAGCUCGAUUUUGGUCUCAUCUGACCACAACACUUUCACCCAAUUCUCCAGUUCUCCUCUGAAUCAUUCAUAUGUUUAUUGGCAAACUUCAGACGGGCCUGUAUAUGUGCUUUCUUGAGCAGGGGGACCAUGCGGGCGCUGCAGGAUUUCAGUCCUUCACGGCGUAGUGUGUUACCAAUUGUUUUCUUGGUGACUAUGGUCCCAGCUGCCUUGAGAUCAUUGACAAGAUCCUCCCGUGUAGUUCUGGGCUGAUUCCUCACCGUUCUCAUGAUCAUUGCAACUCCACGAGGUGAGAUCUUGCAUGGAGCCCCAGGCCGAGGGAGAUUGACAGUUAUUUUGUGUUUCUUCCAUUUGCGAAUAAUCGCACCAACUGUUGUCACCUUCUCACCAAGCUACUUGGCGAUGGUCUUGUAGCCCAUUCCAGCCUUGUGUAGGUCUACAAUCUUGUCCCUGACAUCCUUGGAGAGCUCUUUGGUCUUGGCCAUGGUGGAGAGUUUGGAAUCUGAUUGAUUGCUUCUGUGAACAGGUGUCUUAUAUACAGGUAACAAGCUGAGAUUAGGAGCACUCCCUUUAAGAGUGUGCUCCUAAUCUCAGCUCGUUACCUGUAUAAAAGACACCUGGGAGCCAGAAAUCUUUCUGAUUGAGAGUGGUUCAAAUACUUAUUUCCCUCAUUAAAAUGCAAAUCAAUUAAUAACAUUUUUGACAUUCGUUUUUCUGGAUUUUUUUAUUGUUAUUCUGUCUCUCAUUGUUCAAAUAUACCUACCAUUAAAAUUAUAGACUGAUUAUUUCAUUGUCAAAAUCAGCAGGGGAUAAAAUACUUUUUCCCCUCACUGUAAGUAGUGUACAGUUGGGAUAGAGAAAGCACUGUGUGUCAACUGUGGGGGUGCCUAUGCAGCUGGGGAUCCGAAGUGCCCUGUGUGAGAGAGACAGGUUGAGAUUGCCAGAGUUCAAGUGGGGAUGAGGCAGUGAAGAGAGUAGAGGAUAUCCCAAGGGUGAGUGAGUCGACUGGGAGGCCCCCAGUGUGUAGGCCUGAAGAGAGAGAGAGCCAGAGUGGAUGACUUUUUUAAAACAUUUUUACAUUUACAUUUUAGUCAUUUAGCAGAUGCUCUUAUCCAGAGCGAUUUAUAGGAGCAAUUAGGGUUGGAAAUCACAGAAAAAUAGAUGUGGUCGUUGCAGCAGCAGAGAAAUAUUUGGGUGUGAGAGAUUUUAGUGCAGAAGAUCUACAGGAAGAUUUGAGAGAAGGGGUUCCAUCUUCCCAGGCCGAUGGCCUGGUGUAGGAUCGUUCAGGGCCAAGAAGUGGGAUGGGUUGGUGGGUUUUGGGGGAUAGUAUAUAGGUGCAGGGUUAGAUGGUGGUGCAAUUAAAGUUUUUCCCAUUCCCUUUUCCCUUUUUUUGGUGACCAAAAUGCGAAAUGCAGCAUUAUGCAACAAAGUGUCUAAUCUGCCUGAAAGCCACAUGAAGAAGAAGAAGGCACACUGCUUUGAAGUUAGCUGCUUAGCGAUUUCGAUUCAUGCCUCGGAGCUCCGGUAUCAAACGUAACAUCACCAUUAACUAGCUAUUAUGUUAAGGUAAGAAUUAUCUAAGGUAAAAAGUUGUUGCUUUGUUUGUUGACACUGUCUCUGGGCAGUGACGGUUGUUAACAUUAGCUAGCUAACAUUAGCUUGCUAGUUAGCUAACAUUAGUUAAAACAGACCAAAGGGGGUGUCACGCCCUGGCUCUGGGGACUCUCGUAUGUUGAGCCAGGGUGUUAGUUUCUAUGUUUUUGUGUUCUAGGUUGUGUUGCUUCUAGUUUGGUAUUUCUAUGUUGGCCAGGGUGGUUCCCAAUCAGAGACGGCUGUAGCUCGUUGUCUCUGAUUGGGAGCCAUACUUAGGUAGCCGUUUGGCAUUUGUUUAAUGUGGUAUCUUGUUCCGUUUGGUUUGUGUAACCGUAGGACUUCACGUUUUGUAUCGUUUGUUGUUUUGUUCGUUGUGUGUACACUGAAAUAAAUAUGUACGCAUAUCACGCUGCGCCUUGGCCCGCUUCUUCUCAAGACGAUCGUGACAGAAGAUACCACCACGACUGGGUCAAGCAGCGGGAUGAGGAGAGAGGUUGGAAUUGGGAGCAGUGGAGUGAGAGUUGGGCGAGAACCAUGGAGGCCUGGUCCACGGGGGAGAGACACGCCCAGAACAUUUUUAGGGGGGGGCUCACGCCGUGGACGACGGGGCAGCAGGAGUACGGGAUAGAGUGGUUCAGAGGGUUGGCAGAGGAGGCCGCUAGGUUACGGGAGUUACUGGACACAAGGGGGAAGGAGAAUGUAGAGGCACGGCGAGAGGUACUGGGGUGUGUUGCCAGUCCGGUCCGGCCCGUUCCUGAUCCCCGCGUAGGGCCAGUGGCGUGUGUCCCCAGUACGGUCCGGCCUGUUCCUGUCUCUCACACCGAGCCUGUGGUGCGCGUCGCCAGCCCGGUCCGGCCUGUUCCUGCCUCUCGCACCGAGCCUGUGGUGCGCGUCGCCAGCCCGGUCCGGUCUGUUCCUGUCCCUCGCACCAAACCAGUGGUGCGCGUCGCCAGCCCGGUUCGGUCUGUUCCUGCCCCUCGCACCAAGCCAGUGGUGCGCGUCGCCAGCCCAGUUCGGCCUGUUCCUGCCCCUCGCACCAAGCCAGUGGUGCGCGUCACCAGCCCGGUCCGGCCCGUUCCUGCUCCCCGCACCAACCCUGUGGUGCGCGUCGCCAGCCCGGUCCGGCCUGUUCCUGCCCCUCGCACCAAACCAGUGGUGCGCGUCGCCAGCCCGGUUCGGUCUGUUCCUUCCCCUCGCACCAAGCCAGUGGUGCGCGUCGCCAGCCCGGUCCGGCAAGUUCCUGCUCCCCGCACUAAACCUGUGGUGCGCGUCAUCAGCCCGGUCUGGCCCGUUCCUGCUCCCCGCACCAAGCCAGUGGUGCGCGUCGUCAGCCCGGCCCGGCCUGUUCCUGAUCCCCGCACCAAGCCAGUGGUGCGCGUCGCCAGCCCGGUCCGGCCUGUUCCUGAUCCCAGCACCAAGCCAGUGGUGCGCGUCGUCUGUCCGGCACAGCCCGUGCCUGUUCCACCGGUGCCUGGUCCGGCACCGGUCAGCGGCUCCACUCCGGAGCUAGAGCAAUCCGCUCCACCAGUAUUCAGUCCAGCUCCGGCCAGCAGGGCCAGACCGGACCAGGGGCGCUUUGGGGGGUUAGAGAGGGAGUGGGGGUCAUGCCCGGAACCGGAUCCGCCGCCGAGGCGGACUGCCCACCCGGUCCCUCCCCUUUUGUGUUUGGUUGGCGCGGUCGGAGUCCGCGCCUUUGGGGCGGGGUACUGUCACGCCCUGGCUCUGGGGACUCUCGUAUGUUGAGCCAGGGUGUUAGUUUCUAUGUUUUUGUGUUCUAGGUUGUGUUGCUUCUAGUUUGGUAUUUCUAUGUUGGCCAGGGUGGUUCCCAAUCAGAGACGGCUGUAGCUCGUUGUCUCUGAUUGGGAGCCAUACUUAGGUAGCCGUUUGGCAUUUGUUUAAUGUGGUAUCUUGUUCCGUUUGGUUUGUGUAACCGUAGGACUUCACGUUUCGUAUCGUUUGUUGUUUUGUUCGUUGUGUGUACACUGAAAUAAAUAUGUACGCAUAUCACGCUGCGCCUUGGCCCGCUUCUUCUCAAGACGAUCGUGACAGGGGGUUAGAUAAUAGACCUUGCUUGGUUGCCUUCUUGUGCAGAUCAUUCUAUGCAUCAUUCUGUUUGUGUCUAGCUAACAACGUUAAAUGUUGAACAUAGCGCUACUAGUUAGCUACGUUAGCUAGCUAGGUUAGGUAACAGUUGAACAUUGAUAACUAGCUAGCUUGUGAACUGUUUCAUUACAUUUACAUUUUAGUCAUUUAGCAGACGCUCUUAUCCAGAGCGACUUACAGUUAGUGAUUACAUAUAUUUUUUUAUACUGGCCCCCCGUGGGAAUCGAAACCACAACCCUGGAGUUGCAAACGCCAUGCUCUAUCAACUGAGCUACAUCCCUGCCGGCCAUUCCCUCCCCUACCCUAGACGACGCUGGGCCAAUUGUGCGCCGCCCAUGAGUCUCCCGGUCGCGGCCGGCUGCGACAGAGCCUGGAUUCGAACCAGGAUCUCUAGUGGCACAGUUAGCAUAAGACAUAACUAUUACCCCCUCCACAUAAGAUACACAGCUAGCUAGUUUGACAGGGCCUUCUUUCACUGUAACCAAAUAAGUCAUUGUAUUCCCUUUUUUAAAUCUACGUUAACGUUGUAGCUAGAUAGGCAACAUUAGCUAGUUAAGUUAGCGAAUGGUGCCAUUGUAUCGCCGAUAUUAACAGACACUACCUAUAGCUAGUUAGCUAAGGCCAUUAAAUCUAUAUCUAAUUAGCUAGCGUUAGGUCACAGACAACCAAACUAGCCAAGUUAUCACACUACCUGGUUAGCUAGCUAGCUACAGGCUUGCUAGUUAGCAUUACAUUCCUCCUGCUAGUAGCCUCUUCACUCCAGGAGACCUGUACACAUUGGAUACACCCAUGUGUAGCAGGUCACCCGGAGCGAAGAGGCUAUCCUGUUAGCUGAUGUUACCAACAAUAGUUUUUCCUGUCAGCGAACACGUCUAGGUCCUAAAAUGUAUAACGUUAGCUACCUAGCCAGUUAUUUAGCUAGCUAGCUAGCUAGCUAUUUAUGACUAUGCCAGACAUACUAAUAUCUGGUUAUACAUUGCUUUGAUCUAGCUAGUUAAUGCUGUAAACCAAAGAAACAUUCAAGUCUUAGCUACCAUUUCUAGCUAGUUGUCUAAUGCUGGUUGUAAACAGCCGAGUUGACUUCAUUUUUUAAAAAGGCCAUGAUGAGUAGAAUAACUAGCUAGCUAGCUAAUUAACGUUAGUAUUUGAAACCAUCCAGUCCUAUUCUUAAAUAUCUAUAAUUUACAAAGCAUUAUUUGUUUCAGUGUAGACCUGAUAUUGGGUUUGUACCACAUUUUCUAGAUCAAGGAUAUAUCCACCUGUAAUCCGCCAACACAUUUGAAAGUACAGUACAACCACAAUCAAAGUAAGUACAUAAUAACAUAUUUUUUUGUACAUGCACCCUUUUCUCAAUAUUGUGAUAUUGUAUGUUCUACUGGAGCCCAGCCAACAGCGAGUUGCAGUAAUCCAGACGGGAGAUGACAAGUGCCUGGAUUAGGACCUGUGCCGCUUUCUGUGUAAGGUAGGGUCGUACUCUGCGAAUGUUGUAGCGAUGGGACAGCGAUGGGUCUCCUCAUACCCUACAAAUAAGGUUUGAGGGGUUAGCGAGGGAACUUUGGUCAACUCUGGGUUCAACUUUGCCUGGAAACCCGACGUUGAAUUGCAUUGAAUUCUACGUCGAGCAGAAAUAAGCGUUUGAAUCAGGAUGUAUUUUUAUCUUGUGCGCAUGUAAUUAUACUUUUAUACUUUCCUUUGGAUAAAUUGUCUCACAUUCCUACCUCAGAAAGAACCAACAGCACGGACAGCUUGAAAAGUAUGUUAAAAUAUAAUUGUAUUCAACUUUCUGGCUUGAAGAGGUCGUGAGAGGAAACAUUCCUUAUUCAAAUGCUCAUUUCUGCCCUAUGUAGAAUUCAAUACAAUUCAAAGUUGGGUUUCCAGGCAAGUUUCAACUCAGGAUAACUGGUACCAUGAUAGUGGCUCGCCUUUUAGCUAGGUACAUUUCUAUGGCAACGAAUCUUUCAGAACUAACCUGCUCCGGGGCAGGCUUACUAAGGGCUAACUCCAUUUAUCUUGAAUGAAGUGUCUGGGCCACGAGUUGAGGAUCAAUUAAAUCAGAAAUUCUCCCUCUCGCAAAGAUUUUCAUCACCCCUUCAUUUGAGGAAGACGACUGAUUCAAUAUUUUAUUAAUCAAAUGUUUUUUUUUGUGAACAAUUUUAAUGUUAAAAUACCAAUCACAUUACACAUUUAGUAAGUACAGCAUUUGCUUUCCAAACUUUACGUUUUUUGCACAAUUGUAUUUUGAAAUUUGCAAAAGGCAAACUGACAGCCGCAACCAACCAUAGACAUAAAAUCCAUAGAUGGCCGUUCCCAUUCAAUUCAAGACUGGCAGCCAUUACUAGUGUACCCAUGAGUUUAACAGUCAAAUUGCCAGGGUUAGAGGUUCCAAAACACUUUUAUGGAUUAUUAUCUAUGGCCACAAUGCAACAAGCUGUUCCACAGAUAGAAGGAGUGAUAGGAGUGUAAAAAUUGUGCUAGUGCAUUGAUUAGCACACCAAAGAUGGCAUUAACAAUAAAUAAUAGACGGCACUACACAAAAAGCCUAUUUCACACCAUAGCCUGCUGAAUUUGCAAGAUAACUUUUCUUUCAUUUUGAUUUUGUCACAAAUGAAAAUGUAGCACUGACUCGCCCAUGGAUUGAUAUUUCAGCAUUGUCUGAAUGAAGAGUUCAGCAUUCGACUAGCUAUGUGCGACAUGUACACACAGUUACAAGCCUGCGUUUGCGGAAGGCGGGCGAGCAAUAUCCACCGUCGUAGUACUGAUGAAGCCUGACCUGGAAUGUGAAGCUAACUGAAGCUGGCUAGCUUUAUAAAAGCCUGAGUAAUAUACCACUCUGGUGACACACAGAGAGACACACACACUAACCACCAUUCCCUUGUAUGUCUCUGUUAGUCUAAUGGCUGGGAUGCCAGUGAGAUAGAUGUUCAACUAGGAGACGUAAGGAGUCAACUCCACCUAUGUCUUCCUCUCCAUGUACACGUGAGUAUCCUCCCCUCAGCUCCUCAAUGGCUCCUCAAUGUUACGCGGAGUGGAACAGGGGAACCCAAGAGCAGACUCAGACGAGGAGACUGGGAUGAAGUAA